UCCGCUAAAAUAAACAGUGCUUGCCGGGCAGUGGUCGCCCAUUGCUCGCUUGUGUACAGCAGUGUAAAGUAUUCUAAGCAAGAGAACAACGAAAGCUUUUUCCCCGCGUGUGAGCUGACAUACUGCUACGCCGAGGAGAACGUGUAUCCACCCUACCACACCUCUUCUUCAAGCAAACUCCUCGACUCUUUUGGAUGCUAUUUGAAACUUGAAAUUGUUCUUCAGCCUUUUAAACGGAAUGAAUUUUGAAAACACAUAACUUGGAGAGCUUCAAGUGGAAAGUGUGUUGAAAUAGUCCAUUGGUGGAGUUUGUCAGCGUUUGAGGACGUCGCAUUAGGCGUUUCUGGAAGGGAAAUUAACUUAAAGCUGCAAUGGAUCAAGCCAGCGGUGGGGAGGAUCCAAAUAAGCCCUCUAAAAAGAAAUCCAGCGAGGAUGAGGGUAAAAACAAAAAGCUGAACAUACACAUAAAAACAUUGGCUGAUGAUAUGCGUGAUCGUAUUACCAGUUUUAGGAAAACAGGGACGAAGAAGGAAAAGCCCCUGAUACAGCACCCAACAGAUCCCCUGUCUACCCAAACUGAACUGCCUGUUCCUCAGCCCCUUUUUGAUGAGCGGUCCAUGAACCUCUCGGAAAAAGAAAUCAUUGACCUCUUUGAGAAGAUGAUGGAGGACAUGAACCUGAAUGAGGAUCGCAAAGCGCCUCUGCGAGAAAAGGACUUGAGCACCAAACGCGAGAUGGUGGUCCAGUACAUCUCAGCCACGGCCAAAUCUAUAACUGGGAGCAAAGUUGCGGGUGGACUGAGGAACAGUAAGCAUGAGUGUACCCUUUCUUCCCAAGAAUACGUCCAUGAACUGCGUUCUGGCAUCACAGAAGAAAAGCUGCUCAAUUGCCUGGAAUCCCUCCGAGUGUCUCUCACUAGUAACCCUGUCAGUUGGGUUAAUAACUUUGGCCAUGAGGGUCUCGGACUUCUUCUGGAGGCACUGGAGAAGCUGCUGGACAAGAAACAGCAAGAGCCCAUUGAUAAACGCAACCAGCAUAAACUUAUCCAGUGUUUGAAGGCUUUCAUGAACAAUAAGUAUGGACUGCAAAGGAUCUUGGGAGAUGAGCGGAGUUUGUCGUUGUUGGCUCGAGCGAUUGACCCCAAACAGACCAGCAUGAUGACAGAGAUUGUCAAAAUUCUCUCCGCUUGCUGCAUUAUUGGAGAGGAAAACAUCUUGGAUAAGAUUCUGGCUGCUAUGACAAUUGCUGCAGAAAGGAACAAUAAAGAGAGAUUUGCUCCAAUUGUGGAAGGACUGGAGAACCAUGAGGCCCAGCAGCUCCAGGUUGCCUGCAUGCAGCUGAUCAAUGCCCUGGUCACCUCCCCUGACGACCUGGACUUCAGGAUACAUUUGCGCAACGAGUUUUUAAGAUGCGGUCUAAAGAAGAUCCUUCCUGAGCUAAAAGAGACAGAAGAGCUGGACAUCCAGCUGAGGGUGUUCAAUGAGAACAAGGAGGAGGACUCGAUCGAACUCUCACAUCGCCUGGAUGACAUCCGCGCAGAGAUGGAUGAUAUGAAUGAGGUGUACCAUCUCCUGUCCAAUAUGGUGAAAGACACUGCCUCAGAGACCUACUUCCUGUCAAUCCUUCAGCACCUAUUGCUCAUCAGAAAUGACUAUUACAUCAGGCCUCAGUACUACAAGGUGAUAGAAGAGUGUGUGUCUCAGGUGGUCCUCCAUCGCAGCGGGAUGGACCCAGAGUUUGUCUAUAAUAAAAGAUUGGAUGUGGACUUCACCCACAUGAUUGAUCAGCUUGUGGAUAAAGCCAAAGUUGAAGAGAGUGAGCAGAAGGCAACAGAGUUCUCCAAAAAGUUUGAUGAAGAGUUCAGUGCACGGCAGGAGGCCCAAGCUGAGUCUCAAAAGAAGGAAGAAAAAAUCAAAGAGUUGGAGGGGAAGAUCCAAGCCCUGGAGUCCCAGAUUGCUACAGGCCUUACUGCAACUGGAGCACCACCUCCACCACUUCCAGGAGGUGCUGGAGUUCCACCACCACCUCCACCUCCUCCUCCCCCACCUGGUGGUGUUCCUCCACCUCCUCCACCUCCUCCACCUCUCCCUGGCCAUGCUAGCAUUCCACCACCACCUCCUCCUCCACCGCCAGGUGGUGGACCACCCCCUCCCCCGCCACCACCUGGUUGUGGGCCUCCACCCCCGUUUGGAGGCCCACCAGGACCUCCACCACCUCCUGGAUUUCCUGUUGUUAAGCUGCCUUAUGGACUGGAGCCCAAGAAGACCUACAAGCCUGAAACUGUCAUGAAGAGGGUCAACUGGACCAAGAUAGUGCCUCAGGAAAUGGCAGAGAAUUGCUUCUGGAUCAAAGUCAAAGAAGAGAAGUUUGAGAAUCCUGACCUAUUUGCUCAGCUUUCCCUCUGCUUCUCCUCACAGAGCAAAGUGAGAAAAGACCUGAAGGAUGAAAAUGAAGAAAAAGUGCCACAAUUUAAGAAAAAGGCAAAAGAGCUUCGUAUCUUGGAUGCCAAGACUGCACAGAAUCUUUCAAUUUUCUUGGGCUCGUUCCGCCUGCCUUAUGAAGAGAUCCGGGACAUUGUGCUGCAGGUAGACGAGGACAGACUGAGUGAAUCACUCAUCCAGAACCUGAUAAAGAACCUGCCAGAGCAGAAAGAGCUGAAUGCGCUAGCAGAACUAAAGGGUGAAUAUGAGGAGCUUGUGGAGUCAGAGCAGUUUGGCAUUGUGAUGAGUUCAGUAAAACUCCUACGGCCACGUCUCAACGGCAUUCUGUUCAAGCUGACGUUUGAGGAGCAGGUGAAUAACAUCCGACCCGACAUCAUGAAUGUGACAUUUGCUUGUGAGGAGGUGAAGAAGAGUGAAGGUUUUAGCAAACUCCUGGAGUUGGUUUUGCUGGUUGGCAAUUACAUGAAUGCCGGCUCAAGAAACGCCCAAACCUUCGGUUUCAACGUCAGCUUCCUUUGCAAGCUCCGAGACACUAAAUCUGUCAGUCAGAAUACAACACUUCUUCAUUUCCUGGCUGAGAAGUGCGAAGAGAGCUAUUCUGAAAUUUUGAGGUUUCCAGAUGAACUAGAGCAUGUGGAAAACGCUAGCAAAGUGUCCGCCGAGAUCUUAAAAAGCAGUUUGACCAACAUGGAACGGCACAUUCAGAGGCUUGAGAAUGACAUCGAAAACUUCCCCAAAACAGAUGAUAAACAAGAUAAGUUUGUGGAAAAGAUGUCUGGCUUCAGCAAGAGUUCCAGGGAGCAGUAUGAAAAAUUGUCCACCAUGCACAAGAACAUGCAGAAGCUGUAUGAAAAUAUAGGCAGUUAUUUUGCCUUUGACCCCCACUCGGUCAGUGUGGAAGAAUUCUUCGGAGAACUGGCCAACUUCCGCAUGCUCUUCAUGGAAGCAGUGAAGGAGAACCACAAGAAAAGGGAGAUGGAGGAGAAGAUCAAGAGAGCCAAGCUGGCGAAGGAGAAGGCAGAGCGUGAGAAGCAGGAGCGCCAGCAGAAGAAGAAGCAGCUGAUUGACAUGAACAAAGAGGGAGACGAAACCGGUGUGAUGGAUUCCCUAAUGGAGGCUCUGCAGUCAGGGGCCGCCUUCCGUGAUCGGCGAAAACGGACACCACGCAACGGUGAUCAAAGCCCUACCAGUCCAGCCCCGUGGUGGUCGGGUGCUAAUUAUGGUAACAGAACUCUAGGGAAAGAUGUCGCCUCUGGGAGAAGCAGACAACCGUCGUGCAGUCCUGGAAAGAUCUCGCUCACGGCACAACGCAAAUCACCAAGCUCGAUGAUCACCCGCGCCUACUAUAAGACGCUAGAUAAGUGCCAAAGAGGGCUGCGAGGAGGAGACCUAGAAGACAUCUGAAGGAGGGACAGACCACCCCUUACUGUGGCACAUACACAAACUCCAAGGAAUCCCACAUACACACAGCACCAAGUACAGAACAAACAAGCCUAAAGAAACUACACAGAACUGAAGAAUCUGGCAUUUCAUUUUCAUCCAGUUCAUCAGACGUUUUACAUAUUUAUUCAAGAAUUGUUCAUCACUUUAAAUGUUUGUGUCCUCUCUAGCUGGUUUGAUAUUAAAAACAAUACAUUUUAAGGUUACUGCAGAGAAAUGAAAUGUUUUGAUUGUUUGAAAAUCCAUUUUCAUUCUUGCAAGUCUAAGCCUUCUACUUUAAUCCUUCUGUAAUCAAAAUACUUCACACUCAGAUUUGACGUGAAACAUGUACUGAACAUUGCAGUGUACUGAAGAAAGAACUAAUGCCAAGAAGGACUGCAGAGUAGUUCAUUCCCGUGAACAUACCACACACCCUUUAUUUUGCAAACAAGCAGCGGGGCAGCUGUCCUCUAAAUGGAAAACAGGGAUUUAACACCCGUGUUGGCAAGCCUUCAACCUGCUGAUGUUUUCUCGAGCAGCUCACCAAGCUCUUAUCAAAGAGGGAGUAGUUGUUUAAAAUUUCUUACUGCCAGUACCUCCUUCAACCAACAUCAAGACAGUUUUCACAACAGCCAGUCGUCUCCAUAAAUCAGCUCAUUGCAUAUACCACAAAGCCACAAGAGCUGGCCCCCGUCUGUACCGAUAUUUCAGAGCUUGUGACUCAUGGAUUUUGAAACUGUAAUCUCCAUUUUGACAAGAUGCAUUUUAUUUUUAGUUGUGUAAUAUCUAACAUUGCCUUUGGGUGCUGAUCUGUCCCAAGGUCGCUUUUGCUUUUAACAUGAGAGACUGACACAUUUUUAAAUGCAUCUAACUGCCUAGAGGAGCUAACAUGAACUUUUUGACCUUUCCUGUGAUCAGGUGUUCAGCAAGGAACACGUGGUUAUACGACAACAUUACCAUUUUAUUAUUAAUCUGUUUGAAAUACAAUAAAGGCACAGGCCAAAAAUUAAUCUAUCUGUAAACUAGCAGUAAAAAGGUUUGCACUUUGUCUUUCAUUCGUGUUUUUAAACACUGGAAUCUCCAGAAAAAGAAAGAAAGAAAUUAUGGUAAAACUUUGAACUAGGUUAAAAUAACAAGUGUUUAUGUAAGCAACCUAUUGUAGUAGUUACUGAAAGGCAGUGCUGUCAUCAGUGCCUGAAGUAGGACUUGUCUCUAUGAUUACAAAACAAAAAUGAGGAGAUACUUGCUUGCAAUUUAACAUGUGGUUAAUUUUGUGAAAGGGUCCGUUUUAUCCCAAAUGUUGACCUUUUCCCAAACCUAACUGAAAAAAAUAAUAUAUAUUUGGUAGAACAUGAGACAUGAUUUUAUAUAAAUAUGUAAAAACCCUCGUAGGUUCCAAAACAUUUAAAUUAAUCUGAUUGAAUGUAUGAGGUCAAACAGGGUUUUAAGACCACCAAGAGGUGGGAUUUGUGUAAUUCUUCUACCUGGACAAACUCCUCUAAACAGUCACCUGGUGUGUGGCGUUUGUGUACGUGAUAGUUGAAACUUUGCUGUAAGCUUGUUUCUCUGUAUGGGCUCACUGUCACACAGUUUCACGUGAACUAUUUAUUCAUGUAUUCAUGCCUAGGGUGGCCCUUGUUCCCUUACUUCCCUAAACUGUAAGCAGAUGCUACUAAAAACAACCGCUGAAUCCACAUGGAGACCGGGCACGAGCAGAAUUAUCGACUGAGGGGCACAGUAGACAAGAUGAUCCUUGUCUUAGAAAGCGAGUCUCCAAACACCCUCCGAUUCCCCAGCACUAAGGGCAUAAGCAAUCAUUUUACCUUAAGACAGGUUACCAUACUAAUAACAGAACUCAGCUGUAGGCUUUGUGUGUGUCUGUGUGUUUCUGUUUGGGGCAAUUGUCUGUGUGCACCAUGCCAGCUCAGUAAUCGGAACAGGAACUCAGGCAAAAUAGGAUUCCAUGUGCUUGACUCCUGGGCUGAAUAGAUGGAGAUUUUUUUCAUUUAAACAAUCUGCCAGUGCAGCUUAUGAUGUGUCUGUUUCAUGAUGCCUCCUCUCCCAGCCUGCGCGCUUCUAAAAAUGCAAUUUUACACAUCAUCUCGGCUCAAGGUGCACCCACAAUACUCUGAGAAGUCUGCAUAUUUAAGAAGACAAUAAUUCUCCUCUGAAUAUAAGGUUUGAGCAGUCAUACAGAGAAAGCAGAGAGAAUGAGGUUUCUGCAUAGGGGAUUCUGCAUUGAUGGCAGUUUUAAAGACGUGUUGCACACAGCACAGAGAUUGCAGUGAUUUUUCUUCCCUUUCUAGUAGAUACUUGCCCUUUGCCCUCAGCACAGUUUCAAGCAAUUAAUAACGGCCAUUGUUCUAUCAGUCCUCCAACUACAGUGAUAUUUAAUGCUUUUACGCCUUUAUGAUUGGAUACUGUGUAUGCUAAAACAACAAGUGGUUUGUGGUUAGCAGUAACAGUAUGUUUUUCUCACAAAAUUUGACUGAAUUAUUCUUUUUUUGCUCAUUUUAAACAACUUUCUUCCACAUUUGCCAAGUGUUUGUUUAGCUUUUUUUCUCCAAACUAUGAAAAAGACUGUACAGACAAAAGCUUUUUUAAAAAUGUAAUUGUUAUUUCAACUUUGAUCCAAUUUAGUCAUUCAGAGUAGGAAAUUUGAUGUUAUUAUGAUAGUCAAGUGUUAUUUCUUAUCAAAACACUCAUGCAUCUUUUUAGAGAUGUAAUUUAAAAAUCUGUUUUGUAAUGAUUCUGAUGUGCACCGUGCUGAGCUAAGCGCUACAAUGUUUGCCAUUAUAGAAGUUCCGGAUCAUCAGUGUUCACCUUGAAUACGUAUGGUGUUUUUGAAUGAUAGCAUGAGUGAAAACAAGACACUUCUACAAUGACAGCAUUUCCAUUGUCCCUGUGAGUGAUUCAUGUGUUUCUCCCCCAUACCAUCUUGUAGAAUAUUCAGAAUAAUGUGUUUUUUCUAGAAAAAUAGUAGAGAGUCCAUUGACAAUGAACCCGAAUUGGUCUGCAUUGUUAUUGUAGAAAUCAGCAUAUCGGCCCAUCCUCUUACUGGUUCUUACUAACAAACCUCAGCUGAUGAUGUUCUCGUUGUAAUGGUAAGAAUGGCGAGGCAGGGGUAUAAAGGUAAAGGUGCCAUUUCUCUGUGCAGUGGCAAGUGAUUAAAUGAAAAGUGGAAAGAAAAGUUUGAAAUGUUACUUACACUCACUGACUGUGCACUUUACCUCACAAGUUAUUCUGCUCAGGCGGAGAAAGAUUUGUUUAAGAUUCGUAAAUACAACAUUGCCACUAACAGAGUGAACUAUUUGCAAAGCAUUUCUUUUGGUAAAUAGUUCCCAGCUGCCACAUAUCCAGUUCUUUCCGACUUUGUUAGCGCUUACUAUUGAUUUGUGGAAGAACAAUUGUGGCUGAAUCAACAAACAAUGUUCAUAACUGUUGACAAACCCUGUCCAACCAUGGUGUGUAAGCUGCCAUAUCCCUGCCUACCUUUCUUGUUGUCACUGAGUAUGUUUUAUUGUCAUAAGAAACAUUUAUAUUUGUAACAUUUUAAGUUUAUUUGUAUCCUUAGGACCAUGAAAAAGCAAAAUGGUUAUGCACACUGUCCUUCCAUAAACUAUGUAAUGGAAUACGAUACUAAAUAAU